AUGACGUUCUUCAGAGAUGGUAUGGUGGAUGGCUGUCUCUACGAGGUGCCGGGUGUUGGCGAUUUGGUUUUCGAGGGCACCAGGAUGGCUGGUGGUAACUUGGAGGAUGAUUUGAAGGAGGAAUGGGAUGGCUUUGUUACCGAGGCUUAUCGCCGUUGA